AUGACUUCCCCAGUGCCGGGGCAGAACCCGGAGGCGAACACACACAUGCCGUGCAAGACGCCGCGCACAGGGCCGAUGACCGUCUCAAUCGCAACGCCUCUGUCGGAGACGAACGCGCACAUGCCGUGCAAGACGCCGCGCACAGGGCCGAUGACCGUCUCAAUCGCAACGCCACUGUCGGAGACGAACGCGCACAUGCCGUGCAAGACGCCGCGCACAGGGCCGAUGAUCGUCUCGAUCGCAACGCCGAUGCACGCCGGGCCGACGGUCAUGGAGGCGAACGCGCACAUACCGUGCAAGACGCCGCGCGCAGGGCCGAUGACCGUCUCGAUCGCAACGCCGAUGUACACCGGGCCGACGGUCAUAGCGAUCGACACGCCGCCGAGCAGCCCGCGGUCGCUGGGCCCCGAGCCCCAGGCGACGGAGGAGGGCAGGAGGGGGAGCGCCGCAUCGGCCGUGUCGGCGGCGCCUCCCGCCCACGGCGGGGACGAGUCGCCCGCGUGCUCGCCCCCGCAGUCGGGCAGGCGGCCUGGCGGCGCCACCGCGGAGCCGUCCACGGAGCCGCCCGCCGCUGGAGCCUCGACGCCCUCGGGGCCGCCCGCGCCGCACGCGGCUUGGCACGCAGGGGAGGCCCGAGCUGGAGCCACCGCAGCGCCGGCGGGCGCCGCGGCGGCGCCCGCCGGCGAGCCGCUGCAGAUUGUGCAGCUUGGCGCGUCGCCGGAGGGGAGGAGCAGCGUCGUUACCGUCGAGGAGAAUUUGGUCAGGAUUGCGGGUAAUUUGGAGGCCGCCGGCGUCCAGGAUGUGUCGAUUGUCGCCAUUAUGGGCAAGUGCCGCACUGGCAAGAGUUUCUUGAUGAAUUUGGUGAUCCGUUAUUUGAACUGGAGGGCGGCGGGCAACGCCGACCAACCGCCGCGCGAGGAUUGGGCGCUCGGAUCGGCGACCUGCACGCCGCCUCCAUGGCCAGGCUCGAAGCCCACCGGCGGCGGGAAGGCGAGUCGGGGGCCCUUGCUGUUCGCGUCGAGGGAGGGCCGCAAGACGGUGACGCUCGGCAUCUGGAUGUGGAGCCAGCCGGUGGUCUUCCAGACCCCGGGGGGUGGGAGGUCGGUGGUCCUGGUCAUGGACACCCAGGGAGUGGACGACGGGCAUCUGGCCACCGGCCACAGCGCAGUCGUUUUCGGCCUCACCGCAGUGUUGGCCUCGAAGCUGAUGUACAACGUCCAGGGCCGCAUCGACGACUCCGACGUCGGCAGGCUGCUGUUCCUGAGCAACUUCGUCGGCGUCGCGCGCGCCGCUGGCGAUCAGAGCGUCAAGUUUGGGGACCUGGCAUGGAUCGUUCGCGACUAUCAGCACUUCAGGGACGCUUCCACCCUCCAGGACUGCGAGCGAGAGAUGGCCGACGAGUUCGCCACGUGCUCCGAUGACGCGGGCCUCUCGGAGGAGUGGCAGGCCAGCAUGCGGGCCUUGCGCGAGUCGUUCGCUUCCACGAGCUGCUAUUGCCUGCCGCACCCGGGGAGCAAGGUGGAGGCGCAGAGUCAGAGUUGGGAAGGGGGCCUCGGCGACGUGGGCAGCGACUUUCUGUGCUUGGUGGGCCGGUUCGCGUCGCGGUUCUUCGGGGGCGGCUUCCCCACGGAGCGUCGGCCCUGGGGCGUUGGCCUCACGCCCGCGAACUUCGCGGAGCGGGUCCGCAGCCUGCUGGGCGCCCUCCGCAGCGGCGAGAGCCUCGCCGUCGCGCCGGGCGACGCCGUGCUGCGGCUGGCGGCGAGCUCCAGCUGCGAGGCGCUGUGGCAGCGCUUCGCGGCCGAGGCGCGCGCGGAGCUCGCGGGUGGAGCCGGGGCCCGGUGCCCCUCGGAGCUUGCGGCCGUCGCCGAGCGGCUCCGCGGCCUGCUCGGGCAGCGGCUGGACGCCGAGCUGGAGCGCUGGAGGCCCCAGGACGUGCAGCAGCAGCGCGCGGCCUUCCUGGGCCGCCUCCAGCAGCAGCUGGAGCGGAGGGCCCUGGAGAACGAGCUCCAGAUCGCGGCCGCCAAGGAGGCCAUUCAGGAGAGGCUGGCGCGGGAGAGCGCGGGCAGGCUGGAGGAGGCGCUGCCCUGGGGCCGCGUCUUCCGGCCCGAGGCGCUCUCGGAGCUCGGCGCCGAGGCGGUCGGCGAGGCGGAGGAGCGGCUGCGCGUGGAGCUCGGGCGGCUGGAGCUCCCCUGGCAGGAGCAGGAGGAGAGGCUCGCACUCCUUCGGCAGUCGCUGCAGGGCCGCGUCGAGGCCCGCCGGCAGCACUACGAGCAGGAGCUGGCGGGCGCCAGCUCCAAGGCCCUGCUGGCGCUCCCGAUCGUCGGCGUCGCCGCCUGCCUCGCGGUCGCGCACCCGCUGUGCCUCCUGGCCCUGCUGGGCGUGGCCGUCCUCGUCGCGGUCCUCGCCGCGAUGGGGGCCGUCGGCGCGUCGGGCCCGCUCGAGCCGGAGGUGCAGCGUGGGCUGCAGGAGGCCGUCGGGCUGGCCGGCAGGUGCGGCAGGGACCUCCAGGCCGUGUGCGUGGCCGUGCAGCUGCUGUGCGCAGGCCCGCCGAAGGCCGCGCAGGCCCGUGCGCAGGGCGCGGGCGGAGCGCGCCUGCGGCUGCCGCCCGCCCUCAGCGUCGCCGUCGUGGUGCUGCUGUGCCUCAUUGCUGGCGCUGUGCGCCUGCAGCUGCGCGGCGCGCACACCGGGCCGGGUACUCCGCCGCCCCGGGCGCCGCCCCCCCGACGCUCCGCAGUAGGACCGCUCGCCCAGAGGCCCUCCAGCAACACCAGGGCCGGUGCGGCGCCAGAGGGUGGCGGCCAGCACGGCGCCGCAGAGCCGGCGGCUCAGGAGGUGGCGCUGCGGCAUGAGAGGGACGCGGCGAUCCACGUGAGCAGAUCGCCGAUGAGGAGGCCGCCGCCGCAGAGGCCGCGCGCAGGGAGGCGGUACACCAGGCCUCCUCCGCCCGCGCUCGCCUGCAGGCCGAGCGGGGCGGCCUGGAGGAGCGCCUGCGGGAGCUGCCGUGCCAGAAAGGCCUGGCGGCCGUCUCCGCUGUCGUGGGCCUCGCGUGUAUCCUCGGUCCCCCGGUCCUGUUCCGCAUCUUCCUGGUCGUUUGCGGAUCCGUCUUCGGCGGCCUCCUGGUGGGCUCCGCAGCGGUCUUCCUCGGCUGGGAGGUCCACGGCUCCAGCCUGGUGGACGCCGCAGGGUCGCUGCUGGGGGGCCGCUUUGGCGUCGACCAACUGGCAGUUGGCUACGCAGCCUGGGCGACCGUGA